AGUCCCAUGUGGGAUUUCUUCGAAUACGACUGUCUCAGAUAAGAGGUGUAUCUGAUGAGAGUCUUACAGCAGAGGAGCAGAUGUAUAUUCUGUACGACAUCAAACUUCAGUGUCACCAGAACCUCUCGACCCGUGAAUCUGAAGAUGUUCUUUGCCCCCCUGGUUGGGACGGCCUGGUCUGCUGGCCUCAGGGUUUCCCCGGAGCUGUCACCAAGGUCCCAUGCCCCAGUUACAUCUACGACUUCAACCACAGGGGUCACGCCUACAGGAAGUGUAAUUUCAAUGGAUCGUGGGUGUUCGUGGAGAGCUUGAACAGGACAUGGCCUAACUACUCAGAAUGUCUAGGCCCUGGGUUUAUGAAGCCAAACAAUGAGCGGAGCAAACAGGACUUCUUUGAGCGCCUGUAUAUCAUGUACACCGUGGGCUAUGCCGUGUCCUUCAGCUCCCUACUAGUGGCUAUCUGUAUCAUCGGAUACUUCAGGCGUCUCCACUGUACCAGGAACUACAUUCACAUCCAUCUGUUCAUCUCCUUCAUGCUCCGAGCCGUCAGCAUCUUUGUCAAGGACCGGGUGGUACAUGCCAGCGCCGGCCUGCAGGAGUUUGAUGCGGUGCUCAUGGACAACUUCAAGACCAUGUUGCCACUGGAUAACUCUCAGUAUAUUGGGUGUAAGGUGACAGUGUUGCUGUUUAUCUAUUUCCUGGCCACCAACUACUAUUGGAUUCUAGUUGAAGGCCUAUACCUCCACAGUCUCAUCUUCAUGGCAUUCCUCUCUGACAGCAAGUACCUGUGGGGCUUUAUCCUUAUUGGAUGGGGUGUUCCUGGACUGUUCGUAGCAGCAUGGGCAGUUGUCCGGGCAACACUAGCCGAUGGAAGGUGUUGGGAGUUAAGUGCCGGGAACAUUAAGUGGAUAUACCAGGUUCCCAUUCUGACAGCUAUCGGGCUCAACUUUAUCCUUUUUGUAAACAUUGUGCGAGUGCUGGUGACAAAGAUCAGGGAGACCAACGCAGGGAGAUACGACACAAGGAAACAGUACAGGAAAUUGGCUAAGUCCACCCUGGUGCUGGUGUUGGUGUUUGGGGUGCACUAUAUUGUCUUUGUGGGGAUGCCUCACACCUUUCAGGGCCUCAGCUGGGAAGUCAGAAUGUACUUCGAGCUCUUCUUCAACUCUUUCCAGGGCUUUUUUGUAUCCAUCAUCUACUGUUACUGCAACGGAGAGGUCCAGGCAGAGAUCAAAAAGACCUGGACCCGUUGGAACCUGGCGUUUGACUGGAAGGGUCCGGUGGUGUGUGGACGUUACCGCUACGGCUCGGUGCUCACAGGCCUCAACAACAGCACCAGCAGCCAGUCCCAAUUGGCCGGCGGUGGCCCUGGCACUCGAUCCACCACUCUCUUCUCAAGUCGGGUCUACCGGAGCAGCGGACCCCUGAUGGUUAGCACGCACGCCGUCCUGCCCGGCUACGUCAUCAGUAACUCAGACCCAGACAGCAUCCACCCCUCCAUUCCUGAGAAAGCAGAGGAGGACAGUGCCAAACAGGUGGAUGACAUCUCUCUAAAGGAGACUUUGCCCGUACUAAAUAGUAGCACGACUCCAGAUGAUGACGAGGAGACAAUGUAGUGGGCUUCAGCAGAGAAAGACAAGAGCUCUUCUUUAACGUGCGAUUUGGCUGAGAAAAACACAUGGCCUUUAAAGAUAGAGAAAAGCUGCCUGGCUCUCGACCGCAUUCAUACGCAUGGAUUCAUUUGUUUAUGGCAUACAAACAGAAGUACAGUUGAAGGGUAAAACAACAAAGAAAACUGUCUUUGUAAAAACUCAUGCACUGCCUUUUUGUAGCAAGCACAAAACACCAAAAUGUCUGUUGCUUUAUCCUCUCCAGAGACAGUCAUACAUUAUAUCUUUCAGAGGAGGGCUAUACUGCCAUAAGUCAGUACUAAGGGCUAUAGGAACUAUCUGCAUCAUAUCUGUCUCUGCACCGCAUGUUUUUAUUUUCUCCAGCUAAAAUGAAAUGUGACUGACUUACUACUGACAUUAUUGUGUACAGUACAGAAUUGUCAAGAGGUUUUUUCUCCAGUCCAGAAGACCUUUAAAAAAAGCCAAUUUCUUUCAGCGACUGGUUUAAAGAGAUCCUUCUCCGUAAAGUACAGUAACGUAACAGUGGUAUUUGUUGUUCUCUUCCCUUUUCAUAUGUGCUGAAUGUUCCUUUACUGCUUCUUCUUCCUGACUCUUUGUAUCAUUAGAGUUACUGUCACUGUCCUCCCGCUAUCAGACGAUGGUCCAAUCAAAUGAAACCUCUGUUACUGUUUGUUCACCCUAGGCUACCGGUAAUUGUAUGUCCUGUAAGCUAGUUUAGUCAAGCCAAGGUUUAUACCUUCCAAUGUGUAUGUAUACAGCUCUGGAAAAGGUGCAGUGGUCUCUUCAUUUUUUCCAGAGCUGUAUAUAUAAUGUAUAUGGUCUUAAAUUCUACACUGCCUAGAGGCUUAUAUGCCAAAUGUUCGUUGACAUGUGUGGUCUACAUACAGGGGCCUGUCCUAUAAACACCAGACUGCCUAAUCCACCAAUGGAAAGUAGCUGUGCUGGUCAGUUGUACUUUGAGCAAUGUCUAGACAGCUUGCAUAGAAACCAGACCCUUUCGAACAGCCUAGUACGUGCUCUUAUGUGUUCCCAGAAUAAUGUGCCCCUCAGUACCUAAUGCUCGGAGCCUUUCUUUCUGUCACCUCUGGUCUUUUGGUUGAAAUCCUGUCCAAUUUAUCUUCAUCAGCAAGUUCUGGUGUUGGUUUACCAAAAGUUUAAACUCAAAUUCUUUCACUUGAUUCCUGCUCACCCAACUGACAUUCUGACCCCAUUCUUUGGUUUGUAAACUAAACAUUGCAUAACAGCAUUUUUUUUUUGUUGCUAACUGUAUGUAGAUCUUGUAUGUAGAUCUGCAAAGUCACAAACAUUUAAAUGGAAAUGUGAAAGGUUUACAUUCCACAUCAUUCUAACAUCAAGAUGGCACUCAACAAACUUCAUAGCAAUGUUAGCAAUCCCCAAUUAACGUGUCGGCCUAUCAACAUCACGUCCCUCUCUUUCUUCAGGGAUGAAAAAUAAAGUCAUCUGUGUUCGUGUCCUCAGGGUCCCAAACAGCUAUUUUUUGGCCUGUUCAAACUGUCCCUGAAUCAGGCUGUGGUACCCAUCCCAUCUUGUAGUCCCCAAGAACACCAUGCUAGCAUGUCCUAAUGGCAAUCUCUACCAUUGUACUCAUCCAUUUCAUCAUGAAGUGCUUCGAGAUGCUUGUCAUGGCCCAUAUAAAGGACAGAUUGUGAUCUUAUGUUAAGUCGAUAUAAAGUAAAUUAAGAUUGACUUUUGUUUUAUUAAUUAAAAUUCUGAGAUGGAACACAUUAUCAGAUCUGCGAUAGUUGAGAAUACCCAGCUCUCAAUAUAUGCAAGCGAAUGCUACAGU